GGAGGGAUGGUCAGAGAAAGACGGGGUUGUCCGCCCGAGUUAAAACACUGAUGAUUGCUGUGACGGCUGCAUCUCGAGUUAACGGCAGGAGUGACAGUACAACUCGGGUCCUAACUGCAACUCUGUCUAUUUACCUGAUUAUUUUAGCAGCCUAUAUUGGGUUUGCUCUUCAGACAGCGUAGAUUUAAAAUGUCAUACCGCUCUUUAAUGUUGUAAUCUGCACAUUUUAAAGUAGGCAGAUAUUGUCUGGCAUUAAAAUGCCGUUCAACUGAUGACUUUUGAAGAACAGGCGCCAAUUGAGAUAAUCGCUCCACAAACUAGAACUAAUGAGUUCUCAGUAGAUUACUCCAGCUCUGGAAAGUUGACCUAGCGAUGAGGAUGAGACGCUGGAAAUUGAUAUUUUUCCUUGCAUUUUUGUUGUCAUCCCCUGCCCAUGGGAUGCACCCCAUGUGUCACUUCAUGUCAGAUCUGAAGACAGCAGAGGAUGACUGUACUGGGCGACUUAAGGAACAGCCCUACUUGUACUCCAAAGGAUGCAGGGGGACAUGGGAUAACAUAUCAUGCUGGGACCAUGCGGAGGUAGGAGAGAUGGUCAGCAAUUCUUGUCCAGCAGUGCUCCGAAACCUGUUUGGAAGAAAUGGAAUGAUCAGCAAAAACUGCACGGAGAAUGGAUGGUCUGACGUGUUUCCCAGCAUAAACAGUGCUUGCGGAUCUGAGGCUGAUACAGACAAGUUGGUGUUUUACAUGGUGGUGAAGACUCUGUACACACUGGGACACAGUUUGUCCUUGAUAGCUCUCAUCACAGGAAGUACCAUCCUCUGCCUUUUCAGAAAGCUUCACUGUACCCGGAAUUACAUCCACUUGAACCUCUUCUUGUCUUUCAUCUUGAGAGCUGUUGCCAUAUUGGUGAAGGACGCAGUGAUUUUCUCACACGAUACUGACUGCACAGAGCAGCCACCCCUGAUUGGAUGCAAGGCCUGCCUUGUUAUCUUUAACUACUUUGUCAUGGCCAAUUUCUUCUGGCUGCUGGUGGAGGGGCUGUACCUGCACACUUUGCUCAUGGUGAUAUUCUCCAAAAACAGACACUUCCUCAUUUAUCUCCUGAUUGGCUGGGGAAUUCCUACAGUGUUUCUGAUAGCAUGGGUUAUCACCCGGAUAUAUCUAGAAGAUACAGGAUGUUGGGAGAGAAAUGACAAUUCCAUUCCAUACAGAGUGAUCAAUGGGCCCAUCGUAUUCUCCAUUAUAGUGAACUUCAUUCUGUUUAUCAAUAUAAUUCGGAUCCUGGUUCAGAAGCUCAGGUGUGCAGAUGUGGGAGGAAAUGACCAGUCUCAGUACAGGAGACUGGCCAAGUCCACUCUACUGCUAAUCCCUUUGUUUGGAGUCAAUUAUGUCAUCUUUGUGUAUCUGAAUGAAAAUGAAGCCAUGGAAAAUUACAAAAUAUUUUUUGACCUGGCCAUUGGGUCAUUUCAGGGCUUGGUUGUGGCCAUACUCUACUGCUUUUUGAAUAGUGAGGUUCAGAGCGAGCUGAAGAGGAUGUGGAGGAGCGUCUGCCUGACCUAUUUGAGCCGUGAGUAUCGGCUUCAUAGCUCCUCCCUCUCUCAGAACGGCUCAGAGGCCAUGUCCCAGUUCCACCGGAAAUCCAGGGCCCAGUCCUUCCUACAGACUGAAACCACUGUCCUGUGAGGACCACCUCAUUCUUACAGCUUUCGGCAUCUUGGUGUUUCAUUUUUUACAUUACUGAGCGGGUUCUUGUAAUUGGAGACUUCCUUGAGGUGAUGAUAUCUUUGGUCUGUGUUGAUCUCACAUUUAUUUUUGUUUGUAUGGUUUUGAUAGACGAUCAUGCAGGUGUUUUACGCAAGGUGUAUCAAAUUUAUGAAUUAUGUCUUUACAGUUUUUCUCAAUUGUUUAAACACGUUUUCUGAAACUAUAGCUCAAUUUCUCAAAACUCUACACACAAAGCACAGCAACAGUUAACCUUUUGCCAAAACUACACAAAUCUCUUGCAAAAUGCAUUCAUGCAUUCAAAACCGUGUUCUCUCUUCUCAAAACUGACUUUUUCCAUCAAAAUGAUUCACACAGGCCUCAUUUGAAUAGGUCUUAUUGAGCAUUGAUUUCACACUGGUGCGAUAAAUUUAAAAACACAACCAUCGAAAUACUGUAUAAAUGUUUUGGCCUCAUGAGGCCAUGUUACAUAUUCAAGUUAUAAAAUUGUGUACAAAUUGCUAAUAUUUUCUCCUUUUUUGAAGUUUUAGUUUUCUUUUCGAGGGGUCCCAAAAUAGGCUGCAGAUUUACAGUAAAUAUAAAGACUGUUGCCAUGAUACAAUACAGUAAAUAUAUCAUCAUAUAAAUAGUGCAUUUGCUAGGUAAACCUAAUUCUAAUUCAGUACAGUACAGCAAAGUGUGUGAACUGUUAUCAGUUUGAGUGUUGUUGUUAUUGUGUAUGAUACAUUGCACAUUUACUGUAUUAUCCUGCCAAUGAGGUACAGUUGGGCUGCACUCACAACCCAGGUUCCAUCAUGAGUCAUACUGAACAUUGUUAGAAGUGUUUUUUCAUUUUCCUUAUCAGUGCAAUUAUGAGUUUUGCCAAAAUAGAUAACAUUUGUGUCUUCUCAAAACUAGAACAUGCUUAGACUGGUCAAUGGAUGUAAUGAUCUGUUACCAUAUAUGAAAUCAAUGAACAAAUUCAAAAAGGAAACAAAGCAAAUCUUUAUUUGUUACUGUAAAACAAAUCUUUGUUCAGCAGACUGCAAAAAUAAAAAUCGUAGUUUGUAGGCCUGCUGUAAAAAAAACAAAAAACAAAUACGUGAUCAACCAAAGUUGCACGUAUUUCAUUUGAAAUAUCAGCUCGUCUCCCUCUUCUUUGUCCACCUCGUCCACCUCAUACACGUACACCUCCUCCUCUACCUCUAUCUCUCCACUGUUUUCCAAAACAAACAGAGGUCACCGGAGGUCUCUUUUAUGCUCUGACAGAUAAUUGAAAAGUUUAGCCAAUUGAGUUUGAGCAGGUGUGGCUUGAGUGAAACCAGUUGGUACUUAGAGUUUGGCAUUUGAAGGCCAGUGUUUUCCAUGUGAACAAACUUGAUUAUGAAAAUUGUGCUAAAUGAUGAGAUUGUGUGUGUAGAGUUGUGCAAAAAUGUGAUUUAGAAUUGCUAUUUGAGUGAAAACAAAGGAAUUGUGCUUAGAGUUUUGCAGAAAUAUUCUUUGUUGUUGACAUUUGAGCUUCAAGUUUUCACCAACGUGUGCAUAGUUCCAGUUUUAGUGUGUAAACAUUUGAGAAAAACUGUAAUAGUUGUUUCAUUGAUCCUAGGCUUGAUGUACCCCUCCCAUAUACAUAGACACAAAAAGAGUUUUUAAAAAGUCCAUGUGUGUUCUUCCUUUACAUGCAUUUCGAACAUUUUUGGACAAACUUUCUAAGGCCGGUUUAUAAGUACUCUCAUUCCUCCUGGUGAUACAUAUCUGCUAGAAUUUUCCUUACUCAACUCCCAGCUGUUAAAGCAUUUAAAACAUUGUUUAAAAUAUACAGUGCCACAAAAAAGUAUUUUCACCCUUCCUGAUGUCCUCUAUUAUUUGUGACAGCGAAUGGUUUCAGAGCUUAAGAUAAAGUGUAAUAUUAGACAAAGAGAAACAGAGUAAACCAUUCCAAAUGUGGCAAAUCCUUGCCCAUUUAGGGGGUACCCUAUUUAAAACUUCAUAAUUCCAGAUGUGAACACCACAGAGAGUUGAAAAUGGCUUAAAUGAAGCAAGACAUUUAUACCAUUUACAAUACUAACUUAGAUUAGUUUAUAUUCAUAAUUUUGGAAGAAAUAAAGUGCCACAAAUGCAAUUGUCUGGGCAAAAAAUAAAUAAAUGCUCAUUUUUAGUUUGCAAUGAAAUACUGAGAGAUUGCAUGUAUACAGAAGGCUAAACUAUAAAUAUUCUGGAUCAAAAACUCCUUCACAAGUUCAUAAAAUGUUAGGGUGGAUAUGUACAACUACUAAAGAUCUAUGAAACAAAAACUAAACAGUGUACUCAGUGUCUUCAAAUUUAUCCAAAAUGUGUAAAUUAUGCAUUGCUGUGAAUCACAACAUAUUCACGUAUUUCUCUACAAAUCAACUGUUUUGACUGAAGAAACUCACUGUUGCAUCAUUUUAAAGUGGGAAUUACAAGCUUUCCAUCAGUACAGUGGUCUAAAAUUUCUAGGCGUCCAGAAACAUAUCCAAAAUCUCUCCAAAAUGGAUAAAAUGCUUUUUGUCCAUUAUAAAGCUUAUAUGAAUGAAUGAAUGAAAACCUUUCUGGUUUUCAUUCAAAGCAUAUAAAUGACCCUCUUAUAAGGUUUAAGGUGAAACAUUGAUAUUGGAUUAAAAUAUAAUUCAAAAAUAUUGUCACACAAUGCGGUACAGUACCUAAAUGUGUAAUAAUGAACUUUCAAAUGUAUUUCUGUACUCUACAGUGUGUAAUGAUUUCUUGUAUGGAGAUAAGACGACAUGAAAACAAUAUUCAACCGUCCACCACAUUUUGGCAAUGUUCCAACUUUCACGUCAUAUCUGGUGGAUGAAAUACAAAAACUGUAAAGCUACCAACAAACGCUUACAUUAGUGUGAAAUAUUCUCAUUAUAAAAUAGCACUAACCUAUUUAAAGACACUCAAUUAAAAAAAAUAAUGUAUAUAACCAAAAUAUUUUGAACAGUAAUACUUACAUAGCGAUGAUGAAAUUUUAUCUGUGUUCAGUAGAUAGAGACAGAGAAAGUAAAUCAAUCAUGUCGUUUUCUUCUGUCUUACUUCAGAAAACAAUGUCAGCUAGGCCUAUCAGCAAACAUAUGGCUUAGCUAUGCUCAGAAGUCCUCAAUAAUAAAUAUUUUCCAAUAAAUUACGAAAAUCAUUGAUAACGUUUUGUGGGGUGCAGUGUCUUUUACUGCUACCACAGAGUGAAUGCGUAAGGGAAUGCAAUUAUGAGAACUUUCGGUUAACCUACACAAAGCUAUAAAACGCUAUUCCAAAAGCAAAAUUAGACAUGUUAUACAUCUGUUUUCUGUCACCUUUUGGAUUGAUUAAUUGUCAAUCAAGCCAGACUGUAUAAAAAGGGCAACAACACCGUAAACAACGUGUGGUAUUACGCACAGCUAUUUUGGAAGGUGCCCAGGCAUCACAAAUGCGUGUAUAUUUCACAAACGGAUUAUCACAAGACAAUAUAUGACCAUCUCUACGUGUAUAACCAAUGGUAAGGUUGUAUAUUUAUUCAAUUUAGUCCCAGAUAUUGACUGUAGAAUGACAUGGUAUAAUUUUCAAAAAAUGUGUCCUGUUUUUUUUGUUAUUCAAUGAGCAGCGUUUUCAUUGCUGUAUUGGCAUUAUCUUAGGGCUAUUAUUAGGUUUAUCUUGUUGCUAUGACGGAAUACAAUUUUUAAGUGGUGAAAGAAUAUUUCUGUGAAUGCCCAGAUUGACACUAUUGUCCAUUAUGUGAUGGGUGGGGGGUGUGGGUGCAGAUGAGACUGCAGGGAGGGGGUUCUUGUUAAAUGAAUGACCAGCGCGACAAUGGUGGCUCUGCGAAACUCUGUAUUUGGCAUAGUUGUCGUGUAUAAACUAUUAAUGAAACUACAACACAGAGUUUCUAGAAUACAGUGUGCUGACCACUAGGGGGAUUACGCAAAGUGGUUAAUAAAAAAAGUUAUCAAACACCCAUAUCACCCUUAACCUCUUAGCGCAUUGCCCCUAGUGGUGGGCACGCCCGCGUGCCUAGAUUACUAAAGUCAAACAUUCGGUGCUACUGCAACCAACGUGUGAGAUGAAAACAGAAACGCGUUGUUUCAGUUUCAUUAGUAGACGAUACAUGACAACUAUGCCGAAUACGGAGUUUCGCAGCCCCACCAUUGUCGCUCCGGUCGUUCAUUUAACACGCACCCCCUCCCUGCAGUCUCAUCUAAAAAACACCCCCCACCCUUGACAUAAUGGACAAUAUUGUCUAUCCUGGCAUUAAUAAAAAUAUUCUUUCACCACUAAAAAAUCGUAUUCCGUCAUAGCAGCAAGAUAAACCCGACAAUAGCCCUAAGUAUGCCUAUACAGCAGUGAAAACGCUGCUCACUGAAUAACGAAAUAGACGAGAAAAAGUUUUUAAAAAUGAUACCAUGUCAUUCUACAGUCAAUAUCUGGGACUAAAUAUUGAAUAAAUAUAAAACCUUACUGUUGGUUUUACGUGUAGAGAUGUCCCUUUUGAGACUGCGUGGUCAUAUAUUGUCUUGGACAAUCCGUUUGGGAAAUAUAGGCGCAUCCGUGACGCCUGGGUAUCUUCCAAAAUAGCUGUGCGUAACACCACACCUGUUGUUUACGGCG